AUGCCAUUUGGUGUGACUAACGCGCCAGUGACAUUCAUGAAUCUGAUGAAUCUGGUGUUCUAUGAUGUGCUGGACAAGUUUGUGGAAGUCUUUAUUGAUGAUAUAUUAAUGUACUCUAAGAGUGAAGCGGAGCAUGCAGGGCAUUUGUGGUACGUAUUGAAGACCAUGAGAGAGCAUCAGCUAUUUGCCAAGGAUAGUAAGUGCCAGUUCUGGCUAGAUCAUAUAGCAUUUUUGGGACACGUAGUGUCAGGAGACGGCAUAUCAGUGGAUCCAAAGAAAGUAUCUACAAUGAAGGAUUGGCCUACCCCUAAGUCGGUGACUAACUUUAAGAGCUUCCUGGGAUUAGCUGGUUACUAUCGUCGCUUCAUCAAAUACUUUUUGAAGAUUACGAAGCUGAUGACGCGACUUACGAGGAAGGAUAUUAAGUUUGUCUGGUCCGACACUUGUGAGUAG